UACAAACAAGUGGAGCAGUACAUGUCCUUCCACAAACUCCCAGCUGACUUCCGGCAAAAGAUCCAUGACUACUAUGAACAUCGCUACCAGGGCAAAAUGUUUGAUGAAGACAGCAUCCUCGAGGAGUUGAACGAACCCCUGCGAGAGGAGAUUGUCAACUUCAACUGUCGCAAACUGGUGGCCUCCAUGCCACUCUUCGCCAACGCCGACCCCAAUUUUGUCACAGCCAUGCUCACCAAACUGAGAUUUGAAGUCUUUCAACCGGGGGACUACAUCAUCAGAGAAGGCACCAUCGGGAAAAAGAUGUACUUCAUCCAACAUGGAGUUGUCAGUGUCCUCACAAAAGGCAACAAAGAGAUGAAGCUUUCAGAUGGUUCCUACUUUGGAGAGAUUUGCCUCCUGACCAGAGGGCGUCGAACUGCGAGUGUGCGGGCGGAUACUUAUUGCCGCUUGUAUUCCCUCUCGGUGGACAAUUUUAAUGAGGUCUUAGAGGAAUACCCCAUGAUGAGGAGAGCUUUUGAAACCGUUGCUCUGGAUCGGCUGGAUCGCAUUGGGAAGAAGAACUCCAUUCUCCUGCACAAGGUGCAGCACGACCUCAAUUCGGGCGUUUUCAACAACCAGGAGAACGAGAUCAUCCAGGAGAUUGUCAAGUAUGACCGGGAGAUGGUUCAACAGGCCGAGUUCCAGCAGCACACCGCCAUGUAUACCCCAACUCAGCCCCAGGUCACCUCAGCGAUCGCCACCCUCCAGCAGGCCGUGGCGAUGAGCUUCUGCCCGCAGAUGGGCAACCCGCUGGUCGGCCCAAUCAGCCUCGGGUCCCCACGGAUGGUCCGACGUCUGCAGUACCAAGGAGGCCUCCCUGGGGCCUUUGCCAUCUCGCCAGCCUUGCUUCAGCAGCAUCACCAACAGCAGCACCCUCACGCCAGCCGGACGUUCCCGUACGGGGGUGCCAAGGGUCAGUCGGGAUCCCAGCUCUCGCUAACUCAGCAGAAGCCGCCCGGUUCUCCGCAGCGGCUGGCAGCUCACAAAAGCACCCAGGCUCUCCACACGAGCAGUCUCAGCCAGGAGACGCGGCCUCUUUCGGCCUCCCAACCCUCCCUCCCCCACGGCGCUCCUCAAACGCCCAGCCAGAGCCCGCCCUCUUCGGCUCACGAGUCCAACGCUUCGAUCGCCGCGGGCCAGGGGGCCUCGCCGUCGUCGCCCGCCACUUCGAGCCGGAAUGCCGGUAGCACCCCGCCAGUCGCAUCGCGGCCGGCAGCCCGGGCCCCUCACCAGAUGACCAUGGCUGCCGCGUACCCUGGGACAGCUGCCUCAGGCAUUCAGCAGGACCCGGGCGGUGCCCGCAAGGAUUCCAUCAUUAGCGCCCCUGAUACGGACUCAGCAAAGUCUAGGCUUCCGUCCCAUUUGUGA